GUAUUUUACAGAUCAGUUCGAGCUGUGACAAGCUGUAUGGAGCCAUACAAGAGUGCUUGUGCAGCAGAUCAGACUUUUACGAUGAUGAUGGGUGGUAUGACUCAGGCUGCUAUGCUUUGCGGAGAUUCUGGUUGCAAUUUAAUGAAAUGCUACUCAGAUGCUGAGAUUUCUAUGGACAGUACGGGAGGAGGAUCACCAAAUAGCAGCUGUGAUGGAUUUAUGUCAUUGAAAACCUGUGUAGAAAGCCAGGAAUCGGCCUGUCUGCAGAAUCCACUUUACUCAAGUGUUCAGGAAUCUCUCAUAGGUAUCUCUUAUAGGUAUAACCUAUUUUUUAAUUAA